CUUUGUAUUUUUACUCUGUUCCUACCAUGUACAAGAUCACUGAAAGUUUUAAAAAUACUCAAAUUCUGAAUGAAGACCAGGAAAAAAUUUAUAAAGAAAUAGAAGACACUCUUAUUGAAGGUCAGAAAUCAAUAAUCUCAAAUAGUGAAACUGUGCACUCAAAACAUUACUCAUCAUUUUCAGAUAUUUUUGCAAAGCUCUUAAUUCAUUUACCAAUGUAUUUAGAUUAUCGCAAGAAUCAAGUCGAAAAAGAAGGGGUUAAAACAAUAAAUAUAGCACAAAUUGGCACAUAUCUAGCUAUGCUAAUUAGAUAUCACUCACAUCAUCCCGACACCUCGAUAAAUACUCCUAAUAUGGUGCAAAAAUUGUUACCUCUAGUUUUAUAUAGUGAUAUGCCAGAAUUUACUUUUGCCUUUCUGGAAACACUAUUAUUAUGCGAAAAUAAUUACGAUAAAAUGGUCCUAUACCCUGAAUACAUGAGCUAUCAUCCUUUCAUUAAUUAUUUCCUCCAGACUGGAAAAGAUUUUUACGAAACUUACCUAAUAACGCCUUUAUUAUCUAGUUUGAAUUGUCAAAAUGAUGAUAUCCUUCGAACUUUACUAUUUAGUAGAAGUAAAAGUGUAUUUGAUAUAUGCCAUGCCCAUGAAAUAUUGAAAGCUUUACCUUGUACCAUCAUGACUGAUCAAACACAACAUAAAAAUGAUGAUACGAUGCUUGGAUUAGUUCCGGAAUGCCUGAACGCGCUCAUCACCAUCCAAAAAUUUUAUUCUACUAGUGGCCAUGAAAUAUUUAACGUAGACACUUUAGACCGUUGUGAGUUGCUGACCACUCUAAAGACUUAUAUCAUUAAUCUUCACGAAAAGCUCAAAAUUGAUUCAAAAUAUUCACUCUCAAAAUCCAUAUUACCAAAUAAAAUAGCCCACAAACUUUUACAUCCCUUGAAAACACUUAUACUAGCUAUAGAAUCCUUUUAUUUGCAAAAGUUAGAUACUAUUUUAUAUGCCUAUUCACGCAGAUUAGAAAUGUACAAAAUUAUAAAUUGUGUUAAAGAUUUUUUGACCAAAAACUCUAAAGAACUCGAACACUCUAUUAAAGUAAAAUUCAUAACCGAUUUUACGGAAAAAAUUGAUGCACUAUUCAGAUGUCUUAGAUGCAUGGACAUAGCUCUUUAUCGUUUUAAUGUUAUUGAGAACCAUCUUUCUACCAAGAAUGCAACUUCGCAUUCCAACCUAUCUCUUUACCUUAUGGAAACAAAACUAGCUUUAAAUUUCCUUCUUGGCCGCAUGGAUACUACCAAUUCGCAUUAUUAUUUAAUCGAUAAAUUAUUUCUCGAUUCAAUGGAUAUAACGAAUCUUAGUUUCAUUUUGCGAUGGUUUUUCUACGGAUCAACGCGAGACCCCUAUAAAGAGUAUGAUAAUCCUGAACUAAAUGGAGUGAAGCGAAAUUUGAGCAAUGUGAUAAAAUUUGAUAACGAGCCAGAUCCCAAAAGAUGUAAAUUUGAUACUACUGAACAAGAAAACAAUAGUUCUGAAACCUUUAAUAACUCUUCCGAUGUUUGUGAUUCUAGGAAUAAUUUCAAAGAAAAUGAUUCUUUAAUUGAUAACCGUGAUGAUAAAAAUAAUGGUAUCAUAAAUAAAAAUGAGAAUGAGCUCCCUCAGGAAUUUAAUUUAGAACGCACGAAGGAACUUGAACCCAAGAUUGACUCAGAAUUAGAAAUGGUGAAACAAAUAUCUCAUUUGGCUGGCCAAUUGUUCAUAGCUAUAAUAAAAUAUACCCCAUAUCAAAAAAUUGAUCUAGUUCUUAAUGCAUUUGUAUCAAAAUAUAAUGACUAUCCAGGAUCGAAAUCCAUUCAAUCUUUCCCAUUUUUAAUAAAUCUCGUAACAUGUGUCAAAUAUUUGAACGAUAAUUGUUUGAAUACUCGAGAUGGGAUGAUAGUAUACCCGGUUAAUUUAUUGGUGACGAAGCCGAAAUCUUUGGAAAACUCCAAGAAUAUUUUAACGGCAGCCGAAAAAUUGCUCAAUUACGUGGAUAAAUAUGCUAUUUAUGAAAAAAAGGAAAACAACGAUACUGAUGAUUAUGUUAAAAAUGUGAUAUUGAAGUUGGUUAGAGCGCUUUUGGAAAAACUUCCAGGUUCUAUUCAUUCUCUUGAUGCUGAAACUGAAACCAUCAUCAAUCAAUUUUUAACAAAUAUGACUCGGUUAAAUUUUGACAUUUUCUCAAAAAUCCACAAAGGUGAUAGCGAAUUUUUUCUUUGUUCUGACAAGCAAAUGUUUGUUUAUCGUAAAAAUAUGGACGCCUUGGAGUCUCUUUCAUCCAUUAUAUAUCUUGUCAUAAAGGCGCACGUCAAUCAUUUUGGAAUAUUAAACGACACAAAUUUGUCAGGAGAAUCGGCAUUGGUCGAUCACCUAUUGGAAGUUUAUUGUUCGAUUCAAUCAUGUGAAAGUUUUAAUGCUGAGAAAAUCAAAGACACGAUAAUAAACAUUCUAUUACUUCGCACCGCCUCGAUGGGGGAGGAUCACAAAAAUCCUACACAAUCGGGGUCUGACAACAAUUCUCAAUCAUAUGACAUCAUUAUCAACCGAUCUUGGACCGAUAUUUUGUCUCGAAUAUGGAAUUUUGCCAACGAAAAAUUUUUGAAAUUUGGGGAACACGAAACGCCUAAAUUGUCUCUGCUAUCUAAGGAUAAUUUCCCAAAAAUUUUAGCACUAUUUCAAUUGAUGGAUAGUUUAUUACCGGAUACAUUGCCUAUACCUCUAGAUAGAUCGAAAUAUGUUAAUUUUAUAGCUAGCAGACAAAAUAAAAAAUACUUAAAUCAAUGCAAGCACUUGAUUAUACAUAAGCGCAAAGCUUGGGCCUUACACUUAAAAUAUAUACCGCACCAAAUUUAUUCGCGAUUUAUUGAAGAUGUCAUACGUACAAACAUCAAAAUCUAUGAAAUUCAGGAUAAAUUAGCUGAUUCUUUCAAGGAAAAGUCGAUACACCUGCUAGCUAAGAUUUGUGAUUUGCACAGCGCUAUAUCAUUACCAACUGUAUACUGCCUGAUAGAAAAUUUAUGCAAAAUAAAUUUACCCUUAACAAUUACAAAAAAUAGAAAUUUCGAUCACGUUGCACUAGAUAUCAUUGCUCAAUUAAUCAAAUGGCCUUUCUUUAAAACAACCUUGAUCUACUUGGGCGCCUCCGAUGUUAAUUCGAUAAAUCACUUUGGGCCUUUUGCCGAACCUUCUUUAUUUUGUCCUGAUCUCUUCUCCAAUUGGACAAAAUAUUUUAUCGAUAUCCUAUUGGCUUCACGUGAUAAAAAAUACGCUAUGUUAUUGGUUGAUUAUUUAGGAAUAUUUGAAGAUAAUCUCAAUACUGGUGUAAAACAUAGAAAGCCGCUUCAUAUAGUCCCCUUACUCCCUACAUUAACAAUCAUAUACCAGCAUUUACUGAUUCAAUUAGUGGACUUUACCAAACUAUCUGUGAAUCAAGAAUCCGAUAUUCCUAACAAUAUAAUUAGAAUAUUAGAUGGUUUGAUUCGAAUAGUAUCCCUUCAUGACCUUGCCUUCGCCACUUUCAAAUCGCUUCUAGACAAUGACCCAAAAUAUCAGGACCUGAUUUUUGCAACAUUGCAAUACAUUACAGACCAUAUAUUAAUAGCUAUCAAACAAUCAAACACAAAAUCUGAACCGCCUUCAGAAACCGAUACAUUAUUGUCUGUUUUAUCUAGUAUGGAAAGGUAUCUGGAAUUUGUCAAUACUCUUUUGUAUCGCGAUAUGUUUUCACCAACUGACAAUGUUAAAUUACCUCACCGCAAGUUAAGAUACGGAACUAUCCGAUUUAAAUCCGCCAAACACUUUCGUUGGGGUCAACCUGGGCUCAGGCAUCCAUUAGUUACUAUCAAGAUCCGUUUAAUGGAAGAAUCAACAACCUCAACCAAAUGUGCGAAAAUUAACGCUCUUACCACCGAUUUACUAGAAAAUAUCAAUUUUUUGAUAAAUUUUCUCAACAAAGAGUCGAAUAAUCCUUUAGAUAAAGAUUCAGAUAAUGCUGAUAUGGUAUGCAACCAAUAUUUGGCAAACUUCAAGAUACAAACCAUUGAAAAUAUAUAUGAAAAUAGACCCCUUUAUGAUAUUUAAUCAUUUCAAUUACGGA